GGCGGUCUGACGGUGUCAAGCACCCUGUUGAACAUCUCUGUAGUGCCCCUCUUUACGUUCUUUUUCUUCCCGUCACAAGCUCUCGCUGAAAUUCUCGGGCGUACUCGGGAUCUGCAAAUCCAGAAGCCGCGUGCUUGAGAUUGGCCCCCCCAAAAUCUUGUCCCAGCAACUUGCGGAGCGCAUCCUCUCCUCAGGUCAUCCCCGGACAGCACCAAAGACCCGGGCCACAACAGGGCCUCCACCAUCUCACCACCUCUCUCGCCUUCUCCGUUUCAGCUUAAAACCACCACCAUGUCCAACGUGGGCGGCUUCCGCGGAAAUCACAAACCCAGGGGACAAGUCUCCUAUGGCAACGGCCACUCGGGUAUUCCCCGACCCUCUCCAGACGCGCAUCAGAGUGAAGUAGGCAGCCAUGUCGGCGGCGGCGGCGGCGGCGGCGGCGCCUCCUCCCUCAGCGCCAGCAGGGCCAAGCAGUCGAAGCGCGACGAGGCCAUCCGCAGGAAGAUUGAAACCGACCUGAACAAGAAGAGGAACAAUCCUCAGGGUCGCGCUCGUCCUUUGCGCAAAGCGCCGCCCGGAACCGUCCUGGCCCUUAAGCCCAGCCAAGCUCUCCAGAUCAAGCCGCAUACCACCGUCGCCGAAGCUGCUCAGCUCAUGGCCGCGAAGCGCGAGGAUUGUGUUUUGGUCACGGAUGAUGAUGAACGCAUCGCGGGUAUCUUCACCGCGAAAGAUCUGGCUUUCCGUGUGGUUGGCGCCGGUAUUAAAGCUCGCGACAUUACCAUUGCGGAUAUCAUGACCAAGAACCCUCUUUGCGCAAAGACUGAUACCAGCGCUACCGAUGCGCUGGACCUCAUGGUUAGGAAGGGUUUCCGCCACUUGCCGGUCAUGGACGAGAACCACGACAUCUCGGGUAUCCUGGAUAUCACGAAAUGUUUCUACGAUGCUAUGGAGAAGCUUGAGCGCGCAUAUAGCUCGUCUAGGAAGCUCUAUGAUGCGCUGGAGGGUGUUCAGGCCGAGCUUGGUUCCAGCCAGCCUCAGCAGGUCAUUCAGUAUGUGGAGGCUAUCCGCGCGAAGAUGUCGGGCCCAACACUUGAGACUGUCUUGACCGGUCUCCCUCCCACCACAGUCUCCGUUAGAACCUCGGUCAAGGAGGCGGCGCAGCAGAUGAGGGACAACCAUACCACCGCGGUCCUUGUUCAGGACCAGGGGUCAAUCACGGGUAUCUUCACUAGCAAGGAUGUUGUGCUCCGUGUCAUCGCUGCCGGUUUGGACCCUGCUACGUGUAGUGUGGUCCGUGUUAUGACCCCUCAUCCGGACUUCGCGCCUGUAGACAUGAGCAUUCAGGCCGCUCUUCGCAAAAUGCAUGACGGACACUACCUUAAUCUGCCCGUGAUGAGCGAGGCAGGCGAGAUCGUCGGCAUGGUGGACGUGCUCAAACUGACCUAUGCCACUUUGGAUCAGAUCAACACCAUGUCUACCGGAGAUAACGAAGGCCCCGCUUGGAACAAGUUCUGGCUUUCACUUGACAAUGAGACGGAGUCGAUGAUGUCUGGCGAGGGCGGAAGCCACCAUCCCCGUACCGAAGGUGGUAGGUCGUUGAUUUCCCCGGAGAUGCAUCGUACUGGCGGUCUCUUGGACCGCGGAGACAGUGUGAUGCCUAACGAAUCUGCUUCACACGUUGGAGCCGAGAGCCCUGAACACUCGGCCCUCGCACCCUCUCAGGCGAUGGCCAUGGAGGACAUGCCGUUCGCCUUCAAGUUCAAGGCACCGAGCGGCCGGACGCAUCGUUUGCAAGUCGCACCAGCCGCGGGUAUGGCCGAACUGAUCUUCUUGGUCACGGAGAAGCUUGGCAGCGAAGUCGACGUUGUUGGAGGUGUCCCUACGGUUGAGGACGGCAAGCUCAGCCGGACUGGCUUCGCUCUCAGCUACCUCGACAACGAAGGCGACUCGGUGUCGAUUACCACGGAACGGGACCUCAUCGAGGCCAUCAGCCUCGCACACAUGGGCCAUCGGGACAAGGUGGAUCUCUUCGUGCAUAACCCCGACCAGUCACCCAUCCCCUCGACAGUGAACCCUCAGCCUGACGUCCCGAAGCCACUGACGCCUCCCGAGUCGACAAUCAGGGAGCGGAGGAGUUACAUUGACGAGGAGGAGGAGGAAGUGGAGAAGCCGCGGCGCCGGAGGCAGUCGGCGCCGCAGGGCGGAGAGCAGGUGAUUUCGGGGGUGCCGAACGAGCUGCUGCUGCCGGGAGCGAUUGUGACUCUUGCGGUGGUGAUUGCGGGUGUUUUUGCGUUGGGGCGGGCAUCGAGCCGGUAAAUGGCCGGUUGUCAUGGGCAGCGAAGGAUGCGUUCUUUCUUCACGUGUAGCAUUUGUAUUGUAGCUUCGGGCGGGGAGCAGUGG